AUGUCAGACUCAGGCCUACCAGCCUUAGCAGCUCGCGGCUUCACGCUCGGGUGCUGACAGCCGAAGCGGAGCGUUUCCCUGGCUUCCCCACGGAGCUGAGCCGCCGAUUCGCCUGAGAUGGCGGCGCCUCCGGGGGGAGCGGGUAUCGUGUGGCAGACGCCGGCCAACCAGCCGGAGCCGCACGAUUACGUCUUCCGCAACGGUCGGCGCUACGUGAGGCCUUACUACUUCGAGUUCAUCUCCCAUGUGAAGAACAGAUGGGCUGGGAAGACCAUUGUUGACCUCUUCACUGAUGAGUUCAAGGGACGCUCUCGAGAAUACUAUGUUCGUGCAGUGAAGUGUGGGAGACUUCAGGUGGAUGGGCAAAUGGUUCACGCGGACUAUAUCGUGAAAUCAUCACAAAAGAUAAGCCACUUCUUGCACAGGCAUGAACCACCUGUCUUGGCUGGUGAUAUCUCAAUACUUCAGAAUGAAGUUGAUGUCCUAACUAUUUGCAAACCAGCUUCGGUUCCAGUUCAUCCAUGUGGCCAAUAUCGCAAGAAUACUGUAGUUGGGAUUCUGCAGGCUGAGCAUGGGUUAACACCCCUAUUUCCAGUGCAUCGGUUAGAUCGUUUGGUUUCAGGUCUCCUUAUAUUUGCAAAAAAUGCCAACAGAGCCGAAUGUUUCAGGCAACAGAUUGAAGCUGGUCUGCUGCAAAAAGAAUAUGUGGCCAAAGUUGUUGGAGUAUUUCCUGAUGGUGAGCAAACUGUUGACGCUAAUGUAAACUUCAAUGCACGGGAAGGAAGGAGCACUGUGGAGAUUAAUGAUGGUGCUGGUAAAAGCCCAACUGGAAAGCAAGCACUCACCAGGUUCCAAAGGAUUUGCACUGAUGGAACUCACAGUAUUGUCUUGUGCAAACCUGUGACUGGUCGAACUCACCAGAUUAGGGUGCAUCUAAAACACACUGGUUAUCCAAUAGCUAAUGAUGAGCUCUACCUAUCGGGGAAUUUUUGUCCACGUUCCACAAAGGGGACAAGUGCUGCUAGUGCAGCAACUGUUCCAUCGGAUCCAGACAGUUGUGCUGCUGACCAUGUCAGCGAAGAUGCAGAAGCAGAUGAGGAAUUCGAUAUUGAUCCAAUGUGCACAAACUGUCCAAAUCUUGCUCCCAUAGGUUAUGAUGGAGAUGAGGAGGGACUAUGGUUGCAUUGUGUGCGAUACACUGGUCCUGAUUGGAGCUAUGAAUGCCCUUAUCCUGACUGGGCGUUCCUCGAUAGUGUGUCAACCAAGAAGAUGAAGUCAUGAUGUAGCAAUUUAUUUCAUGGUGAACACAGUAAGCACACCAAACUGAAUAACCAAAAUUUUGGGGUGUCCAAUGAUCAGGGUUCCCAGGACAGUAAAAACCAGCUGAAAGCCAAUCAAACAAGCCAAGUCUGGUUUUUGUUACCCGCGUCGGGUCCAGCACAAUUCAUGGCUCACCUCUUAAUCCACUCUUUGAAAUUCAACAUACAUUAGCCCAGCCUAUGAUUGCUUCCAUGUCCAUGGCUUUCCUGUGUUAUGAUGUAUGGAUGUGACGUUGCAAGUAGUCCAUAUGGCAUAUGGUAGCAAGGAUCCCUAGGUAGUUUAGCCACAUUGGCUUCAUACCUCCAUUUCUGUUUGAGCAUCAUGUACCUUAGCAUCUUUCUGAAGGCCACUGGGAGUCAUGU